CGGGAAGUCACGCUGGGGAGCCGGGGCUGUGCCAGGGAGCCGGGGCUGUGCCAGGGAGCCGGGGCUGUGCCAGGGAGCCGGGGCUGUGCCAGGGACACCGGCCCGGGCAGCUCCGGCUGCUGGAACACAGCUGGAACACAGCUGGAGCACAGCUAGAACACAGCUGGAGCACAGCUAGAACACAUCUGGAACACAUCUGGAGCACAGCUGGAGCGCCGAGGGCUCCCCCCGCGGGUCCUGGUCAGUGCCGGGUGCCGGAGGGAGCCGAGCCCGGAGCCUUUGGCAGCUCCGCGCGGGUUUGGCAGCGGCUGGAGGAAGGAGCGCGGCGAGGAAGGUGUCGGUGUGGGCCGGCCCUGAGUCAGUCCCGGCACGGCCACUGCCCGGGGCUGCUCCCGGGCCGAGCCGCGCUCGCUGGCGGUGCCGGAGCUGCUCGGGACGCUGCGGCAGCCCCGCCACGGCACGGACAGUUUUUAGGUUGUUCAGCAUGAGUGUGGCUGUGCUCCUGCUCCUGGGGCUGGGGCUGCAGGUGGCAGAAGGCAGAAGGGACAGGUGUUUCUUCAACCGCACUCAGGAGUUCUGUGUGUGCUACAACCUGUCCGAGGAGACCAUGGGCAGCAUCAUCCAGUGCCUCCCAGCAACUGUGGUGGAGUUUUGGGGCGGAGAUCUGGAGAAAUACGCCGCCUUCCCCAUCAGGGACCCGGACUCCUCCGUCAUUGACACUCUGGGCUCCCUUAUCAUCCAGAAAGUAGUUAUUGGGAAUGUCCUGGUGCCUGAGGCGCUCCUCGCCCGUGUGCUGAGGUUCUUCUCCUACACCCACGUGCGGGAGCUGGCCUUUGAGAGCUGCAUUUUCCAGGGCACAGGCGACUGGAGCGACAUGGAUGGGCGCAGCUUGCCCAUCCUGUCCCUGAGCUUCCACAACGUGACGUCUGCCCCGCCGACGGGCCGUGAGCAGGCCUUCUCCAGCCUCAGCAGCUGGCUGGGGACCCUGCAGGAGCUGGCUGUCACCAGCUCCCACCUCAGCAGCCUGCCCUGUGCCCUCGGGAGAAAGCUCAGAGCCCUGCGCUCCCUGGACCUGGCCCACAACAGCCUCUGGGACGGGAGUCUGGCCCCCACCUUCUGCCAGGGAGCUUUCCCUCAGCUCCAGCAGCUGAGUCUGCAGCACAACAGCCUGAGCUCCUACCAGGGCGUGUGUGAGGCUGUGGAGCUGCUGCCGGGGCUCCAGCACCUCGAUCUCAGCCACAACGAGCUCACAGCAGCACACCCAUCCUCCUCCUGCCAGUGGCCUCCAUCCCUCCGCCACUUUAACCUGUCCAGCACCGGCUUGGAUGAGGUGCCAACCCCGCUGCCUCCCCACCUCGAGGUGCUGGACAUGAGCCACAACCACCUCCACGCUGUAGACAUCUCCCUCAUCUCCUUGAAGAAACUCUUCCUGAAUGAAAACCUGCUGCAGGCCAUCCCCUCCAUCAGGAAUUACCCCGUGCUGGACACCCUUCACCUGGACAACAACUCCAUUUCUGAGCUGCCCGGGGACGAGGUGAAGCUGCUGGGGCGGCUGCAGGACGUGGCUGUGGCUGACAACCCCUUCAGCUGCUCCUGCUCGGGGGCCGGGGGGCUGCAGGCGCUGGCGGCCGCGGGGCACCUGGGGCAGGGCUGGCCCGGGGGCUACAGGUGCCACUCCCCAGCGCAGUACCGGGGCUGGCAGGUGGCACGGGUGCCCGUGUCGCUGCUGCGCUGCCACCUCGCCGCCGUGGUGGCCCCGCUCUGCGUGGCCCUGGCCCUGCUGGCUGUGGCUGGGGCCGCGUGUCUGGCCAGGGGCAGGUCCUGCCGCAGAGCCUGAGGGCACCGGGACCCUUCCCCACGGCGCUCCCGGGAAGGGUGGCAGCUCCCCGUGCUGGUGAGGGGCUCUGGCUGUCCCAGCCUGGGCUCCCCAGUGGGGCUGGGCUGUCCACAGGGUUGUCCUGCAGUGCCUGUGCCCAGCUGUGCCCAGGCACUCAGCCCCACUGCCCUCACUUCCAGCCCCACCCCAGGCUCUGACCACAGCCACAGCCUCCCCUGGGCACGUCCCUGUGGCCAGCUCCAGCUGCCCCAGCACGCCCCGCUGUCCCUGCCAUGUCACUGCCCUGGGCAGGAGGAGCUCAGCUCCCUCCCAUUCCCACUGGCAGCACUCAGAUGCCCCCCCAGCCUUGCUGGGCUCUGCUGGUCCCUGCCCAGAGCCCCCCACACCUUUUAUCCCCACCAGUCCAGGCAUCCUUGGAGCCUCCAUGGCUCAUCCUCCCUCUCCUCCCCCGGGUCUCUGGCUGGGCCAGGAUGUCUGGUUUGGCAGCAGGAUGCUGCUUGGCUGCUCUUCGGCCUAAUAGAAAAACUGAAAAAACACAAAAGACGGGAAAAUGACUAAAUUAAACACCCUGCACACAAAUGCUAA